GACGUGGAGUUCAGACAGGCUGAGCAGAUAUUAGCAGCAAUAACUCGUAAUGCAAGAUGGUAUGGAUUACCAUUGCAACUCGUGGAUUUAUUUCUCUUUGACAAAGGAAGCACGGAGAUGUAGUAUGUUUUAGAUUCACGAAAUGACAUGUCGUUACCUCAGUGAAGACAGCCACAACUCGGUCAUCGGUCGCCUAAAGAGGCAACGUCCGAUUAGCUUAGAAACGUGAUUUGAUCCCUUAGAAACAGACCCACCGAAAUGCCUGAAAGCAUGUCACCAGUACCCGUCCUACCGUUGCUGAUCAACUGUUUCCUGUCGGUAAUCGGCUGCAUGGCCACAUUGAAACUCAUUCCUGCUUUCAAAGACCAUUUUAUCUCAGCCAGAUUGUACGGAAUGGACCUAAACAAAACAUCCAAAAAGGAAGUCCCAGAGUCCCAAGGAGUCAUCAGUGGGACGGUCUUCCUCAUCAUCCUCUUCUGCUUCAUCCCGGUGCCUUUCCUUAGCUGCUUUGUAGGAGAUCAGUGCAAGGGCUUCCCACACAAUGAGCUUGUACAGCUGAUUGGUGCACUUCUGGCCAUCUGUUGCAUGAUCUUCCUGGGCUUCGCUGAUGACGUGCUGAACCUGAGGUGGAGACACAAGCUCCUGCUUCCCACCUUGGCGUCCCUGCCGCUGCUCAUGGUGUAUUUCACCAACUUCGGCAAUACGGUCAUCGUGGUGCCCAAGCCCUUCAGAGCCCUGCUUGGGCUGAAUUUGGAUUUGGGUAUUCUCUACUACGUCUACAUGGGAAUGCUUGCCGUUUUCUGCACAAAUGCCAUAAACAUCCUAGCAGGCAUCAAUGGCAUCGAGUCCGGUCAAGCCCUGUUUAUCUCUGGCUCCAUCAUCGUCUUCAACCUGAUGGAGCUCAGUGGAGAUUACCGUAAGGACCAUAUUUUCUCCCUCUACUUCAUGAUACCGUUCUUUUUCACCACAUUAGCACUCUUUUACCACAACUGGUACCCUUCAUCUGUGUUUGUGGGAGAUACUUUCUGCUACUUUGCUGGGAUGACCUUCGCUGUCGUCGGCAUUCUGGGGCACUUCAGCAAAACAAUGCUCCUCUUCUUCAUUCCUCAAGUGGUUAACUUUCUCUACUCCUUGCCUCAACUUUUUCACGUCAUCCCCUGUCCCAGACACCGGCUCCCCAGGCUGAAUCCAGACACAGGCAAGCUGGGGAUGAGCUACUCUAAAUUCAAAAGAAAGAACCUCUCAAAAUUAGGAAACCUCAUUCUGAAGGUGGCAGAGUUAUUAAAGCUGCUGCAGGUGCAAAGAGGCCAGGAGGGAGAUGACGAUUUUAUCGAGUGCAACAACAUGACCUUAAUAAAUCUGGUCCUGAAAUGUAUCGGCCCCACCCAUGAGAGAAACCUCACAGCCAUCAUGCUCAUCAUACAGGUGGUCGGCAGUGUCGUAGCUUUUGGGAUCCGUUAUCAUCUCGUGCGUCUCUUCUACGACAUCUAGACAGCACUCUCGCAAAGAGGAGAUAGAGCAUUGACUGAGAAGAUAUGAUGUUGUUUUAUGGAACUAUUUUACAGGCUUGUGGUCCAUCUGCCUUUCGAUCGACUCCAUUACCUCACUGUUACGUUUCUGUGUCAGAUUCUACUUGCAGUCUAAAUCCAGUGCAAGGUUCAAAAGUAUAUUUUACUUUGUCCAACAUUUUUGCAUUGCAUGCAGUGUUUGAACAUACACUGCCAAGAGUCUGACAUAAACAGCAGUGUGGGGUGUUUUUCUCCUGAAUAUCAGUAAUUGCAAACAGGAAAAAGUAACCAGGUCUUAAUAAUCCUAUGUGUCCGAACUGAAAGUAUAUUUUUGUACUUUUUAUUUUAUUUUAUUUUUUUAAAGGAAAGUACAGUAAGUGGGGAUGACUUUCGGUUUUCAGGUCAGCCAAAAUCAAUGGUUGAUGCCUCUAAAUUGUUUUGAUUUGAUAACAGCUUAAUGGAUGUAGAAGUGCUCUCAGAAAAUAUAAAAGGUUCACGCUGCGGUCCAUUACUUGAAUCUGCUUUUGGAAAAUGUGCCCACUCCCACUUAAUUAUAAAGUUAAUUUAUCAUUAUUAUUAUUAUUAUUAUUAUUGUUUCGUUACCUCUGAACACACAAUGGUCACUGUGAAGAAAAGCAGUGAUGAGAGGAGGCUAUAAUCAGUCUUAAAACCAAGAAUUAGAAGGAGACUGAGUUGUUGACACAUUUUCUUAGGGCUAUGGAGGAUGAAAGUUGUCCUGAUGAGAACAAAUGUUUAUGCCUUUCUUGGUAUUAGAGCUGUAUUUUUAUGACUGAUAUGCAUCCGUUGUUUCAUCCCGUUCCCGCCCCGCCCCCCAGGGUUCAGCAGACAUCAAUGUGAAGUCAACUGGCACUAGAGUAUUUUGUUCAGGAAUGUGAGAAACUGUUUACUGUUGAGAUGAAAACCUCAAAUUGAUAAAGUAAAGCUGAGAAAAUUAAAAAAUAAGAUUUUGCCAUCAUCAUUAUUGCAGUUUUAGGAAGUAUUCGGGUUCUUAAUGAGAAGGAGUGAGAUGAAAAUGUACACAUACUCGACUAAAGGUAAAAGUCUUGUAUUCAGCUAAAUGUUUCAAGUCUCAAAAUUAAAAGUUUGUAUCACCUGAUUUUAGGUUGACACAGAUGUAUUGUUAACCCAGUCUGUAUAUCAACCUAACAAAUAAGAAAUUGUACUGCAGAAAUACCAAAGAUUAAUGGUCAACAUCUUGUUCACAACUCUUUAAAAUGGUUGCUAUUAACAAUGGUUGUUUAUGUUGUGCUUUGUGUAAAUAAAAAUAUAUAUCCUAA